AUGAAUUCAUCAGCUUUGAAAAAUUUGUAAGGGUAUUUGGAAACAGAACAUAAAUGCAGAGAAAAAUAUCCAUAAAUUGAUGUAAUUGUUGUUUUAUCAUUCUAAGGAAUGUGAAAGCAUUUGGAAUACUACUAUGGAUGUAAAAGAAUGCUAGAACAUUAUGAAUCUGUUUAGAAACUGUUUUCGCGAUUAUAAACCUUCUGCUUAUUAACACAAAGGAGGUAAACCUAAGUAGGAUUGA